GUAGAAUUAAUUAACCGGCUAUACCGGUCACCAUGACGCCGCGUUCAUAUUAUUUUUAUCAACGUAUUCACUCAUCCAAAACCAAAACCCACCCAGUAAUAGUCUCUUCCUUCUUCUUCUUCUUCUUCUUCUUCUUCUUCAUCACUGUUCCAUAGAAACCAAGCCAACAACGCAUCAUGAUUUCCCAUUUUGCCCCUCUCACCUUUUCAAUUCCUUCUCUCAGAAAAACACCUUCUCUCAUCGGCGCAAACCACACCUCUGCUCGCUUCUGCUCUCGAUAAAUACAAAACAAUUCAACCCAAACUCUUUUUUCCUUCCUUUCAAUUUAAGUCAUUUUAUUAUUUUCUGUAAGAAAAGUGCACAAUCUGUUUCCAUGGAGCCUGCCGCAGCCAAGCCCGGCUUUCUCAGAAACGUUCUCGUGCGGUUACUCCUCUUCGGCGUUCUCAUCGUAAUCGUACGCUUCGCUUACGUCAUCACCCUCGCCGGCGAGUCCUGCACCAUCGGCGACUUCUGCUUCUUCUCUCCCUCGCUCAAUCUCGCCAUCGCCGGACCCGGAUCCGGUGCUCUCGCCGCCUCCGCCGCGGCUGCGCCGGAGCGAUUCGCUAGCAAGGACUGGAUCAACGGCGUACGGUUCUACUCCUCGGUGUUCAACGACCUCGUCGCCGGCGGAUUCCUCUCGCCGGCGGCGAAGUCGCUCUGCGUCGAGACGCCGACCGGCCGCGACGUCCUCGCGCUGCGGGAGAUCGGCAUUGCGGACGCCGUCGGGAUCUCGAAGAAGGCGUCCCCGCCGCUGGUGAAGUCCGGCGAGGCUCGCCGGAUUCCGUUCGCCAACGCCACGUUCGACUUCGUGUUCGUCGGGGACGGCGCGCUCGAGAAGUCGCUGCGGCCGGCGGAGUUCGCCGCCGAGGUUUCACGAACGCUCAAACCCGAAGGGUUUGCCGCGUUCCAUGUAAAGGCCAAAGACACUUAUAGUUAUAAUUCAUUCGUUGAUUUGUUCAAUUUUUGUUGUGAUGUGGUGAAAAUUACUGACAUAGAAGGGUUUGAUUCAUCGAUGCCUCACAUAAGGGAAAUCGUUGUGAAGAAAGAGCGUUUUGGAAUUGAUUCUGAUUCUGAUUCUGAUUCGAAUUCCAAUUCCAAUGGAAAAUGCUCUGUUCCGGGGUAUAAACUAGAGUUGGUUAGAAACGCUGAAGCGUUGAUUGAAGAGGAGCCAUUGAAGCCAUGGAUCACUCUCAAGAGAAACGUGAAGAACGUAAAGUACCUUCCUUCGAUGGUUGAUAUAAGCUUUAAGAAUAGGUAUUUGUAUGUUGAUGUUGGAGCUAGAAGCUAUGGUUCUAGUAUUGGAAGUUGGUUUAGGAAACAGUACCCAAAACAGAACAAGACAUUUCACGUGUAUGCAAUUGAGGCAGAUAAAACGUUUCAUCAGGAGUAUGGAGUGAAAAAGGGGGUUACUCUGUUGCCUUAUGCUGCAUGGGUGAGGAAUGAGAGUUUGGUGUUUGAGAUUAACCGUGACCCAGGGGAGAAGGUUCAGGGUAAGGGCCGAGGAAUGGGAAGGAUUCAGCCCUUGAAAUCUUCGGGGGGUUUUGAUGGUGGUGAGGUUGAGAAGAUUCCAGGGUUUGAUUUUGCCGACUGGUUGAAGAACACGGUUUCGAAGAACGAUUUUGUUGUGAUGAAGAUGGAUGUGGAGGGUACUGAGUUUGAUUUGAUUCCCAGGUUGUUUGAAACUGGGGCUAUCUGUUUGGUGGAUGAGAUUUUUCUCGAGUGUCAUUACAAUAGGUGGCAGAGGUGUUGCCCUGGACAAAGGAGUCCUAAGUAUGAGAAAACUUAUGAUCAGUGCUUGCAGCUCUUCACUUCUCUCCGACAAAGUGGUGUUCUUGUUCAUCAAUGGUGGUAACUGGUAAAAAAUUGCUUGAUGGGUCAAACCCUAUAUACAUGUUCUGUAUCAUUCUUAUUUUCAUGUUUCUUGCAUGUUUCUUCUUCCUAGUUUUCUUAUUUUUUUCAUCAGCAAAUAGAGAAGAGAGAGAGUCCUUUAUUUUUCAAAUUUCUUUACAUGUAACUGAUGCAAGAGAAAAUGAAAAUUAUCCCUUUACCACAAUUGUAUUUGUUACACUUCUCUUCUUUUAUUUAUCUCUUUACAUAUAUAGAAAAGGAUACUUAAUGUUUUAUCCAUUAUUUUAUCUCUCAGAAGAAUUUGAUUUUUCCUUUUUGUCA